CCUCACUCCAUCCAACAAACGUGAUAGAGCGUUUUGGCAUCUUAGUUCUUACUUAGUUCCUGCGUGUCUGGGCCUUUCGACUCCACAGGUACAUCCAACAGGCACCGCACAGGGGCCGCAGGAACGAACUCCCUGGUGCCCACUGUGGCAGCGAAUAGACUUUCCUGUUGGACUCGCUUCCUCCGGCAACGAUGAUGGGCUUUUUUUUCUUCACAACGACGGGCGUAUAAAGACCUCGUCCGCUACCCCUCACGAUGCAUCUUUAUUCUCAUCAUCCUCAUUCCCUCGUCAACUUGCAGUGCAAGCUUGCAGAUUCUAGUCGUCCACGACAUCGUCAUUCCUUAUUCUUUGCUUUUGGAGACUAUUGACUAGUCUCAUCACAUUCCUUCGUUCAUUUACUCUCUCUCUAUCACAUCCUUGAUUCUGUCUGUCAUUCUUCCAUAACCCUAUAACCCUAUAACCAAAACAGUACCUCCAUCAAAAUGCAGUUGAACAACUUCCUUCUUGCCGCCGCCACUCUGGUCGGCCUCUCCGCCGCUGUCCCCAUGGGCAGUCGGACCAAGAACCUGGCCACCCGCGCCACCAAUGCCGUGGUCAGCGUCAGCAGCCUGGCCGUGACCGCGCUCAAGGACAGCGACGGCAGCGGAGCGGGACAGGAUGUCUACACCUUCCACACCGGGGACGGCAGCGUCGCCGACGGCUGGCCCGCCCAGUCCAGCUGGGUCUCCUUCGACGACAUGUGGAAGGCCAACAAGCCCACCAUCAUGGAGUCGUGCACCCAGUUCGGCGUGCCCAACAACUCGGCCAACGAGACCCAGAACCUGUACGACGCGAUCCAGCAGGUGGCCAAGGAGUCCCACCUCGACCACCGGUUCAUCCUGGCCAUCAUCAUGCAGGAAUCCAAGGGCUGCGUCCGCGUGCACACCACCAACUACGGCGUCCGCAACCCGGGCCUCAUGCAGGAUCAUGACGGCGCCGGCACUUGCAACGACAACGGGGUGGUCCAGAACCCGUGCCCGAAGAAGGAGAUCCUCCAGAUGGUUCGCGAUGGGGCCAUCGGAACCGCCGCCGGCGACGGACUCGCCAGCCUGAUCGACCAGCAGGGCAAGACGGACGUCUCCGGCUUCUACCGCGCCGCCCGCCUGUACAACUCGGGCUCCAUCUCCGACGCCUCCAACCUGAACGUCGGCGUCGGCACCGCCUGCUACGCCACCGAUGUUGCCAACCGGCUCACCGGCUGGGUCAAUGCCGCCUCCAAGUGCACCCUGAGCGCAUAGGCUCGUCGUCAGUCUUCUCGACGGAAAAUGUUGGAUGUCACGGGUAAUUCCGCCUGUGGGCGGGCUGAGGAUGAAAUGAUGGUUGAUUCCCUCUUUGCUAUGCUGGAUUGGUUUGAUGUUUUUGAUCGUUUAACUUUACCUUUCUUGCUCCACCAGCAGUGGCUACCCCAGUCGUUAGGGCUGAGGUUCAUGCUCGGUGAUGAACUUGGUGCGAUGUCGGAGAUGUAUUGUAUACUGCGGCUAGAAUCUACUUGUGCUUUGCUUGCUUGUAUGGCUGGUUCUUGGUGUUUGGUAGAAUGUGCUGGCAUUGAUUAUGGUGAGGGGACC